AUGGAUAACUUAGCUGAACUGACAUACAGAUCUGUUUCUACAGAUAUUGAUGAAUGUACAGUGUGGUCAGACCCAUGUCAGAAUGGACAAUGCACCAACACCCCUGGCUCAUUCACAUGCUCCUGCAACCAUGGUUACACAGCUGGCAGUGGCGGUACAACCUGUGUUGAUAUUGAUGAAUGUACAGUUUGGUCAAACCCAUGUCAGAAUGGACAAUGCACCAACACCCCUGGCUCAUUCACAUGCUCCUGCUACCAUGGCUACACAGCUGUCAGUUGGAGUACAACCUGUGUUGAUAUUGAUGAAUGUACAGUGUGGUCAGACCCAUGUCAGAAUGGACAAUGCACCAACACCCCUGGCUCAUUCACAUGCUCCUGCUACCUUGGUUACAGACCUGGCAGUGGCGAUACAACCUGUGUUGAUAUUGAUGAAUGCACAAUGAGGCCAGGACAGUGUGGAAAUGGACAAUGUAAGAACACCCCUGGCUCAUUCACGUGCUCCUGUAACCCUGGUUAUGCAGCUGAUAAUAAGGGAACAACUUGUGUGGCUGGGUUGGUUCAGCUUGGUGUUGGUCUGACGAUAUUGAUGAAUGCAGAAGGUGGCCAGGACAGUGUGGAAAUAGAAAAUGUAAGAACACCCCUGGCUCAUUCACGUGCUCCUGUAACUCUGGUUAUGCAGCUGAUAAUAAGGGAACAACUUGUGUGGAUAUUGAUGAAUGUACAUUGUGGCCAGGCCAGUGUAGGAACGGACAAUGUAACAACAUUGCUGGCUCAUUCACAUGCUCCUGUGACACUGGUUUUACAGCUGAUUAUAAGGGAACAACCUGUAAUGAUAUUGAUGAAUGCAGAAGGUGGCCAGGACAGUGUGGAAAUGGACAAUGUAAGAACACCCCUGGCUCAUUCACGUGCUCCUGUAACUCUGGUUAUGCAGCUGAUAAUAAGGGAACAACUUGUGUGGAUAUUGAUGAAUGCACAAUGAGGCCAGGACAGUGUGGAAAUGGACAAUGUAAGAACACCCCUGGCUCAUUCACGUGCUCCUGUAACCCUGGUUAUGCAGCUGAUAAUAAGGGAA